AACCCUAUUAAAAUUUCGUUAAUAAAAAUAAAAGCUGAAAGUCAAGCGAUGGAUGGCGUAAUUUCAAAACAGGAUUUGAGCAUGAGGAAAUAGUGUCAGAAAUAAUAAUGGACAACAAUAGUAUUACGAAUCCCAGCAGUCAGCAGCCUGUUGUUCAAAUGCCAAUUUCUUCCCCUAGUGGAGGAUUGAAUGUUUCAACGAGGCUACCAACAACACAUACAAUUCCACCUCAAGCCACACAUCUUCUUGGACAUGACUAUGUUGCGGAAAAUGCCGCAUUUUCAACAUCCGGAGUUAGGCCUAGCCUAGGCCCUAGGCGAGACUCUGUCGUCGGCGGAGCGACCAGUGAUGUUGCGUCUACGGCGGUGCUUAGAGCCGCUGUUGUUGAUACUACUCCUGGUAAUCGCCACCCAACCCCAAUGCAACAAAGUAAUCAGCUCCCAAAUGGAAACGUAUUAAGUACCUCAAAUCAUCACACUUUGCAACAAAUACCUGCGUCUCCCCAACAGAUUCAGAAUCUUCAGCAACAAAUGCAUCAUCACCAUCAACUACAGCAGCAUAUGGCAUUUCAACAGCAGCAGCAGCAGCUUCAGCAACAGCAACUGCAGCAGCAGCAACACCUGGACUUGGCUAUACAGCUUCAAGCAGCUCAUCGCCAGAUUGCUCUGCAGCAACUACAAGCUCAGCAGUUACAACAAUACCAGGCACAACAUCAGGUUCAGCAGGAAAUGGGUCUGUCAAGACUUGCUCAAAUACCAGCAGCUUAUCCUGGAAGUGUAGCCUCAUUCGUGUCCUCGAUGGAGCAACACGCCCCUCCACAGCUAUCACAAUCUGACGUUCUACAAGGUCUGGAAGUGACAGACAAUUUAAUACCAGAAGAUGUCAAGUCUGAGCCCUGUGUUGCAGAUCAGAUGGAUAAAUCCAGCAUGACCUGGUUGAAAGCAGCCGAGCAAGUUCUAAGUGCUGCCAACCGCCCGAUGCACAUCAAAGAAAUCAAGCAACAGAUACUGGGCCAAGGUUUGAUCCAAUCAAAUGCAAGAACCAGCUUGGAGUCGAUCCUGUACCGUGAUGCUCAGAAGCCCAAAGCAAGGUUCACAAAAGUUGAUGGACAUCUUGGAAUGUUUAAACUGUUGUCUCCAGAAGAGAAAAAAUGGAGAAGCGAAAAUUACCAAGUAACCAAGACAACACAAAAGAACCAACCAAAAGAGAGUGAGAACGAACGAUAUAGCAAACGUUUCCGAAAGCUCAGGAAAGUUGCAAAAUCCAUGAUUUUUGAAAAUGCAGCCCUAUGUGAUGAGAUUUGCCGGACUGAAGAAAAAAUUAUACGAGUAAUGGAAGAGCGGAAACUGCUUUUGAAACGAGUGCUCAAGCAGCAGGCUCUGAGACAAGCUAAUGCACUGCACGCUGGCCAAUCUAUAAACACGUCUGUUAAAAACGCAUCACCAGGGCCGUCGUCAGAUAUUAGUUCACGCUCACAAGACUCUGCCAGCAAGAAAGAUGGAAAAAUAAAGAAUAAAAGCAAAAAUAAACAUAAGAAGGAUAGAGAUAAAUCCAAGGACAGAAAACACAUGAAAGACAAGAAAACCGAGUCUCGUUCUAAGACGAAAAAGUCAAAUCCUUCAAGAAAACUCGUUCAGCCAAUCACCUUAGAUGCUUCAGGGAGGCCAGUAUUUCCAAUCGUCCUCGGUGACCUUACAGUCCAUAGUCUGGGUGACGUUAUCAUCGAUCGUCCAGGAUUUCACUCAGACAAGUACAUAUACCCCGUAGGCUACUGUAGUUCACGGACAUUUGUGAGUGUCAAGGAUCCAGAUGUUAUGUGUCUGUACACAUGCAAGAUACUUGAUGGUGUAACAGGACCAAGAUUUGAAAUUGUGUCUGAUGACAAACCUGGUGUUACUUUUGAAGCCAAUUCAGCAUCUCUAGCACAUGCAGCACUAUUGAAGGCCGUUAACAAUGCAUGUGGCAGGGAAGUCGUCUCAGAAUCCAAAGGUAGUGGACCAGCUUUCUUCGGUUUCUCGAAACCCACCAUCCAGAAUCUCAUCCAAAGUUCACCUGGGCCACGUAAAUACACCAACUACAAGUGGAUGAAGUUUGACAUCUGCAAACAGGAUGAACGGUCAUCGGUCUUUGACCAAAGCAUGCGAGAUCCCGCCAUCAAUUUCCAGGCGUAUCAAAACGCAAGGAGGAAAAGUGCCCCCAGCGAAAUAAAUCUAAGGAAUCUUUUGACAGACUUUAAUCCUUCCAUUUUACUAGACUCUAGACUCCUUAGUAGUACAGCCACAACAUCCACAUGAUAAGUACUGUAUACCUGCUCGCUUCCGAAAAUACACAGUUCAUGAGACAAAAUAUUACACGAGACAAAAUUAAGACAAGAGCAAAAUAUCACAUGGACUAUAAGCCGUCUAGACUAUCAAAUAUUAUUUUAAAAAAAACAUGACAUGCCUAAAUUUGGUCAAGAUGACAUUACAUCAUGACCAUAUAUAGACAUGUCAUGACUAUAUAAGGGCUUACAACAGUUUUUUGAUUUAAAUUCUAGCUCAAUGAUUAAUAAUACAGCAGUUAUGUUUAUAAUAAAUAUAUGUUGCUUGGGAAAAGAUAUGUAAAUAGAUGGACAGUGAAGACACACAGGAAGCCACAAGCAAAGCCAAUGUCAGCAUGUACUGUACACACAUCAAUGAUAAAUAUGCCUGGGGUAAUGCAUGUUUUUCUUAUUAAGCCUUGUCUAGAAUAUUUGACAAAAACAUGCGAUAUGCUUAAAUAUGGUCACGAUAACAUUAUGACCAUAUAUAGGCUUAUCAUUAUCAUACAAACUUUUCUUGCACAAUGCACAUUCCCAUGUGCAGCUACAGCAGGGGGUGCUAGCUAAGUUUUUUCUAGCAUAGUAUGCUUCAAGUGGAACAGUUUCUCUCAUUUGAAUCAAGUACAAGUGAGCAUUAUGUUUUGUAGUAAGUCUACGGCUGCUAUUAUUGUAUUAUGUAAAUAUUUGGCAUGGAAUUAAAAUAUUUUAAUACAGAAAUUUGUA